ACCUCCGAACCUUUCGUCGCGAGCUUAAAACGCACUUAUUCAUCUGCGCGGGACUGGAUUAGAUUUUAAAGUUAUUGGUUUUAAGGGGUUUUUAUUAUUUAUAUUGUUUUUUAAAUUCGGCAAUAGAAUAAGUUUUUUAAUUGUUGUUUUUUAAUUUGUAUUUAUAUGUAUUUUAACUGCCUGUGAACCGCCCUGAGUCCUUAGGGAGGUAGGGCGGUAUAUAAAUUUGAAAAAAUAAAUAAAUAAAUAAAUAAAAUUUCAAGCCUGGUGGCAUAAGGUAUUCUGUUGCGAGCAGAGGAAUGGAGGACUCUUCUCAUGAAAUAUCUCUGGACUCGCUCAAUUGUAUUAAUGUCCGAAAUGCAGUGUAGGUUCAAGAUAGAUGAGCUGUAUUCAAGAAUUGGUCUAGCAAAUGUUUUUUAUGCUCUAGUUAAUAGUAUAAUAUUACCAGAGAAGAAGCUACGCAAGAUUAGGUUAACAACUCUUAAUGCUUUUUUGGCAAUGUUAUUACAGGGAGCUCUGGCACUUAGAUCGUUUGAGAUGAGUAUUGCAUCCCCACUUCAGGCAAAGUGAAAGGCACAUUUAUUAAGGGGGAGCCAAAUCUGUACAGAGUCUUAGACUACAGUAUAAUUGCUGUUUUAAAAGAAUCUUAGAAUCAUAUAAUUGCUGCUUAAAAACAAUUAUGCUGCAUGGAGUCAUGUCUGUUUCAGCUAACUGUGUUUGGAUUUUUACAGGUUUUUCUUUCAGAAUUUCCAGAUUCUUUUCUUUGUCUCUCCAAGGAGGGCUUUAAGGGUGCCUUGAAGCCAUGCCCUUCUCAACCCAGCCUGAAACAGGCAAAGAGCAGAAUGUUCUGGUAGCAACUCUUGAUAAUGUCAGAAACCUCUCCAAUAUUUUGAAAGCCAUUCAUUUCAAAGACCACGCUACUUGCUUUGCUACAUCAAAUGGACUCAAAGUCACUGUGGAAAAUGCAAAGUCUUUGCAAGCCAAUGCUUUUAUUCAGGCUGGAAUUUUCCAAGAAUUUGUAGUGCAGGAAGAAUCUGUGAUGUUCAGAAUCAAUCUCUCUGUGCUUUUGGACUGUUUGACCAUCUUUGGAACAAAUUCUUUGCCAGGAACUCAAACAGCCCUUCAGAUGUGUUAUCAGGGAUACGGCUACCCUCUAACCCUCUACCUGGAGGAAGGAGGGGUGGUGACUGUAUGUAAAAUCAACACUCAGGAACCUGAAGAGAUUCUCGAUUUUGACUUCUGCAGUACUAACGUUGUAAAUAAAAUUAUCCUGCAGUCAGAAGGACUCAGAGAGGCAUUUUCCGAAUUAGAUAUGACCAGUGAAGUGCUGCAGAUUACAAUGUCUCCAGACAAACCAUAUUUCAGAUUAUCUACUUUUGGGAAUGCUGGAAGCACUCACCUGGAUUACCCCAAAGAUUCUGACCUUAUUGAAGCCUUUCAUUGUAACGAAACACAAACAAACAGAUACAAGAUUUCAUUACUCAAGCCAUCCAUUAAAGCAUUAGCUCUGUCUUGCAAGGUAUCCAUUCGGACAGAUAACCGAGGUUUUCUUUCAUUGCAAUAUAUGAUAAGGAACGAAGACGGAGAGAUAUGCUUUGUGGAAUAUUACUGCUGUCCCGAUGAGGACGUGGCAGAAGCUGAACUGUAGCUAUAAUGAAAAAGGUGACUGAAUUAAUACCCGAGAAAACUGUUUAGUUCAAGGCUAUCAGGAAAAAAAAAACAACAGAACAAGAGGAACCCAACUGAAAGGCCAGAGAUCAGAACAUUCUGGAGCCACACCUGGUUUCUUUAGGGUGAUGAAAAAUGCAGAUGGAGGCAAUACGCUUUGAAAAAGCUGCUGCAGAUACCCCUGGAGGAAUGUGUGUAAUAUGGAGGGUCAGGUUGUAGACACUUUUUUUUCCCUCCAGGCAACGGUUUUGCUCUGCCUCCAAAAGGAGGGCAGGGUAAAGCCAAAACUAUUUUUAUUUCAGUUACCUGAAAAUAAAAAUUACAAGGAACACUUAUAACAGCGGGACUUACAUACCCAACGUACAAGCUAGAAAUGAGCCUCUGAAGCAGAGCUGAGAGACUGGUUGUCUGUCAAAAUGAGCCACUACCUCAUGUCUGGUGGAAGAUUUGGCAAAACUGUGUUGUAUCACAUACUUUAUAUUUGAAUCUAGAAAGUAUCACAAAUUCUGAAUGGAUAUAUUUCCCAUUUUAUAUACCACAAAAUACAUUUUCAGAAAUAACUUUAAAUGUUGUUUUAUUUUUUUUGUCAAGGUAACAGGCAAUCUCCUUUCCAUUUUUCCUAUUUUGAACUAGGGGGACCCCUCCCCUCUUUCAGGCUGCCUCUGUAUCCAAGCAAACAGAAGACAGAAAUUAGCACCACCAUUUAGAAGACAGAAGACACCCUCAGCAUUUUCUAAAAAAUAGGUCAUCAGUAUGCUUGGAAAAUGAUUCAGUGGGCUAUGGGGGUGGGGGUGUUGAAUGUAAAAAUGAAAAGGGCAGCACAAUUUAUAUGAUCUGUCCCUCCUUCUGUUUUUUUUCAUGGUGGCUUAAUUGGAAUGUACGGAAGACCAGAAAUGGUAUUGGGGAGAGAAAUUUUUUA